UUAGAUACCGUUCCGGUUUCUCUUCUAACCUCAUAUCUGCUUCUUCUGCUAUUGCCAUGGCGGCGGAGUCAAGUGCAGACCUUUCUUUGGUUCCCGAUAGCCGCAAAAGAAGAAUAGAAGAGUCAGAACCAGACCCAUCAUCUUCGUAUGAAUUCACGAACAUCAACAAACUCUCUGAUCUUUUGUUGUUCGAGAUCCUUUUUCGACUCCCAUGUCGAUGGGCUCUCCAAUGCAAAUCCAUCUCAAAGCGCUGGCUUUCUCUUAUUUCCCAUCCUUACUUUAUUCGUCGCUACAUUCACCACCGCCACUCAGACUCACAACAACAACCCUUUACUCUUCUGUUACAGUAUGUACACAACUCUGAAAAAACCAUCCUGGUUCUUCCAUCCCAUAAUUCUGAAUUCUUCACCGACUCUACCAAUGUCGGACUCGAUUUUCUCAACUUUCUCCCUUUGAAAGCAAGAAAAAACGACCCAUUUUGCGUCGAAGUCGAAGCAUCGUUCAACGAUUUAUUGCUGGUACGCCACGAAGUAAAGUUUUGCGAGUAUUUCAUCUGCAAUCCAUUUACCAAACAAUGGCUGACCCUCCCUCCGAGAACGACCAGUUUCGUUAUGGUUGGCUUUGUAUGCAAACCCUAUUGCCUUGACAAAGAGCAAGGGUGUGUUACCAAUGUGCAUUAUAGAUAUAAGGUGGUACGCAUUCAUUCUCCGGCUGAAACCAAUACUACUCAGUUACGUAUGGAGAUAUUUUCUUCCGAAACUGGUGAAUGGCGAGACUCGGUUGUUUCGUCGCCGCGGGGAUUGAGUCCCUUCAAAGUAGAGUCUCUGCAUGCUGGUGUUGUUGCCUGCAAUGGGAUGCUGCAUUGGGUGAACACAGAUGAAGAGAAUAAAUUCAUCAAAGGUUUUGUGGUGUUCGAUACAUUCAACUACGCAGAACGAUGCCAUUAUCUCGAUCCACCUAUAGACAUUUCACCUAAACACUUUGCUGUUUCCAUCGGCGAAUUCCAAGGGCGUCUUAGGAUAUUCCAAGGCGGACAUGGUCGCAAUGAUGCUUACAAUUCUUACAAUUUUUCGGUUUGGGAACUCGAGGACUACAGUGAUGCAGGUACAUGGUGCAUGAAACACAAAGUUCACUUCAAGGACAUGGUUUCAGAACAUUCCGAGAUUGUUCAGAUCAUUAAGAUAAUGGGGGAGUACGAGCUCCCGCCGCCCGUGUUGUUUCUAGCUUUCGACCCAAUUGAUGAUGAAAUUGUCUUCUUACAAUUCCGCCAUCACGUUGUCUUGUGUAACAUGAGGACGGGGGUAUUGAAAAUGGCUGGCGAAUUACUACGAGAUAGGGGGAAAAUCUUAUCUGAAGUUUCCGGUUUCCUUUGGUCAGUACCUACAAAAUAUGCAUUUUUACUUGGGCAGCCAUCGUGGCCAACACCUGUUCCUCCCCUCCCAUUGAAGUUUGAUGAAUGCCCUUCCAAUUGUUAGUUACUGAAGUACAUUUCAGCUGAAAGUUGUUAACUGUAUGCUACUCUUUGUUGUUUAUUUAGUCUUCUGAUCUUAAUUUCCUUCUUUUUCUGUAGUGCUUACAUGACACAUUUGGAUUGGAAAUUAGAUCUUUAUUCUGAUCCCUGAAAACUCUUGUCAUAUCUGUAAGAUUGAGCACCUGAACUCAAAAUCAUUGUUGAAAUUUUGGAUAGUGGUGUGUUUUUUUUUUUAGUAUGCAAGAACAUUUGUAGAUAGCCAUCAAAGGCCAAAACUUCAAGUGCUUUUCUUUCGAAAUUAUGUUUUGGCUUAAUUAGCUACCAAUAUGAAUUUUGUAGCAAUUGAGUAUACCUUGUAUUUCUCUGAUUCAAACGUGUUGUGAUCAUGUUUUCCUUUCAAUUGUCUAGUGGACAAGAGUUUCUAAUGGAAUAGAAGUUUUUUUCUUUUGUGAA